UACGAGUAUUUCAGCUUGAUCGAGAUUAGGGCACGGCCGGAGACGGGCCCAACCUCACGUGCCGGUGUCUCCUAUCGGUCCUAUCUCACCAGUCCAUCGCCUUCGAAGCCGCCAAAUCCAGCGCUUAGAAAGCGAAGAUCGGGCUUGCGACCCCUCCCCAUCUCUCUAUCUUUCGCGCUUUUUCUCUAUCUCCUUCUCCGGAGAGAGCACAGAAGGGGAAAUAAGGGAGGAAAAGCGGAAAACUAGAGGGCGGACGAUGCGAGGAAAACACUGGGGUAUUGUGGUGAGCUAGUUGCCUGCUAGUGGUCUGAAUUUUGUACCCGGCGCCGACUGAUCGAUUUGGAGGCCCCUCACUGAUUUUUCACUGGUUAUGAUGACAUCAAAAGCCAAUGGAAGCAUACAAAGGUCUGAAAAGCUAAAGCAUGUUGAAGAAGCAUCACCAAACUGGGUCAUUAUUGUAGGUGGUGCCUUGCUAAGCACUCUCUCUAUAAGGCUCUGUUGCAAGCUGAAGCAGGCUUUUGAAGUUAAGAAGUCAACAAAAACUCAUGUUUCAUCAAAAGGGAUCUCAAAUAGCGCAUCAGGAGGAAAGUACGCACCCAUUAGCCCCAUGUCUAAAGAUGGUGAUGAUUAUCUUUCUAUGGUCAAGGUGCCAUCAGCUCAGUCAAGCAUGGACAAUGUCAGACCAAUACAGGGAUCAUUACUUGAUCGCUUUGAGCUUCCGUUAAGUUCAAAUAAUUUGGAUUCUCCCUGCAUAUCGGAAUCGGGAUCGGAUAUCUACAGCAAGAGAGAAGUUAUGCAAAAACUACAGCAGCAAAUUAAAAGGCGAGAUGAUAUGAUAAUAGAGAUGCAAGCACAAAUCACAUUCCUCCAGAACUCUCUGAACGUUCAAAUGGCACACACUACCCAUUUGCAGGCUCAGCUUGAUUCUUCAUAUAGAGAGCUUUUUUAUUCAGAGAGAGAAAUUAAACGGAUCCAGAAAGCCAUUGCCGAUCACUGUGCAUGCAACAUUAUUUCUCUGGAAAGGCCUUCGGAUGCUGCUAAUGGACAUGCCGAAGAACACCAUGAUGACUAUGCUGAUGCGGGGUUGCUUUGUAUUGGUUUUGAGAAGAGCAGAGGGGAGGAUGUGAUUGAGAUGCUUAGGAAGUCUGUGGAGGAAAUGAAGGAAGUGAUUAAAGGAAAGGAUUUCUUGAUUCAGAGCUACAAGGAGCAGAAGAUGGAACUGUGCUCAAAGAUGACAGAAUUGCAGCUGAGGCUUCCUUCUCAGCAGAUAUUGUUUCAUUUACUUGUUUCCGCCUGAAGGCUUGACAAUAGAUCAGUAAGAUUGAAGAAGAGACUCGAGCUGCUUUGCUUUGAUCUAAUGAUUUUUGUACGAUGUGUUGUUACUUGUGCAUAAAUUUAUAUGAUAAGUGGAAAGUGGAACUUUUAAUUACUACGAAUCAAUCUGCUUCAAUGAAGACAGAAAAGUAUGUUAGAAAUAUGCUGCCUAUUUUACACUUUUUGAUCGGACUUUUUUG